AGAAUUAGAUGCUCUCUCUACUGCCUGCCACGUGUUCAUCCUUUUCAAGUCUUAUAUAAAACACUUUCUCCUUCCUCUUUGACCAAUCACCAUUCCUAUUGAUUCCCAUUUCCCCAUUUUUUUUUCUCUCCUCCUUUCAAUUUCAAUCUGCUGUAGAAAAAUGAGUAAAUUUUGGACGUUGGCUACCCAACUUCAUACUCUUUCUGGGCCUGUUUUGAUGUUGCUGUAUCCUCUAUACGCGUCGGUUGUAGCCAUUGAAAGUACCUCUAAAUUGGACGAUGAACAGUGGUUGGCUUAUUGGAUCAUCUACUCGUUUCUCACUCUCAUGGAGAUGGUUCUUCAACCUGUAUUAGAGUGGAUACCAAUUUGGUAUUCGGUGAAAUUGGUAUUUGUGGCGUGGCUGGUUCUGCCUCAGUUCAAAGGUGCAGCUUUCUUGUAUGAAAGAUUCGCAAGGCCGCAUAUUAAGAAAUAUGGUGUAGGAGGCAAUUCUGCUGAUGCCAAACCCAAGAAUCACUAAUUUUACAUAAUUAGUGAGUUUUCUUCUUCUAAUAAUUAUGAAUAUGAAUGACUACACGAUGAUUUCACACUCAUCUUUCUGUAAAGAAGUUCGUCAGAUAGCACAAUUGUACUAGUGAUAUCUUUUAAUCUUGGUUUUUGUCUCUACUUUUGUGAAGUGGAUUAGAGAGGGAGCUGGAAUCUUGAUGACGAAUGUAUCAUAAAGGAGAGUUUGGUUGCUACUGAUGGACCAUCUUUCUGGAUUUGACUUCUUUUGUCUUUUGUGUUUCGUUUGUCUGUGCUAAAUAGAACUUAUAAUGGACAUCCUUGUAAAUGAAACAAACCCUUUUUUUUAUAAUUCAUAGCUGUGUUGUGUGUCGCCA